CAGACCAAGACCAGACGGCAUCCUCUGUGGCUGGGCUUGCUGGUGUCUGCACCAUGCGGAACGGGCAUCUAAGGUUGCUGCCAGGACUCUUGAUGCUGCUGCUGUUGCCAUUGGGAGCUGCAGCCCAGAAGACUAGUGACUGUGCUCGCUGGUGCCCUCCAAAAUCCACGUGUGUCAAUGCCACCACCUGUCGCUGCUCCCCGGGAUUCAUUUCUUCGUCCGGGGAGAUGUUCACCAGCCGCUUGGAGAGCUGUGAUGACAUCAACGAGUGUGGACCAUCCUCGGCAGUGUCCUGUGGAAAAUUCGCAGAUUGCCAGAACACAGAGGGGAGCUUCUACUGCACGUGCAUCCAAGGGUAUGAGCUUGCUUCCCAGGCAAGAACGUUCAGGAAUGAGAGUGAGAACACGUGUCAAGACGUGGACGAAUGUCAGCUGAAACCCCGAAUCUGUAAAAGCUGCGGCAUCUGCACCAACACCCAGGGCAGGUACACCUGUGAGUGCCCGCCCGGCUUGGAGCUCAGCCCGGGUGACCCAAAUCUGUGCACAGAUGUGAAUGAAUGCACGUCAGGGCAGAACCCAUGUCACAACUCCACCCACUGCCUCAACAACAUUGGGGGCUACGAGUGCCGCUGCCGCCCUGGCUGGAAGCCAGUUCCUGGGUCCCGCAAUGGCCCCAAGAACACCGUCUGUGAAGAUGUGGAUGAGUGCAGCUCUGGGCAGCCUACGUGCCACGAGUCCACCGUCUGCAUCAACACCAUGGGCUCGUACAAAUGCCACUGUCGCCGGGGCUGGGAGCCCAAACCCGGAUUCCAGAAUAGGCAGCCCAACACCACCUGUGAAGAGGUGUCCUUCCCCACCUGGACCCCACCCCCUGGAAUCAAGAGCCAGAGACUCUCCUGUUUCUUUGAAAAAGUUCAAGAUCUGCGCAGAGACUUCAAGCCAGCCUUGGCUCAGGACACCAUCCAGGGCCUCAUACAGGAGGUGGAUGAGCUGCUGGAGACCCCUGACGACCUGGAGGCCCUGCCCCACUCAGAGCAGCACUGUGUGGCCACUAACCUGCUUGUUGGCCUGGAGGAUGUCCUGAGAAACCUGAGCCAGGCCCUGCCCAGUGGGACAUUGACCUUCAAUGCAUCUGCAGGCACAGACCUGUCCCUGAAGGUGCAGGAGCAAGGACACAGAAAUGUCACUUUGAGUUCAAAUCAGGUGAAGAUGCUGCUGAACUGGGAUGUGGUGCACGAGUCUGGUGACUCAGGUCCUUCUGUGGUGGGCCUUGUCUCCACACCGGGGAUGGGCAAGUUGCUGGCUGAGGCCCGCCUGGUCCUGGGGCCUGAGAGGCAGGCAGUUCCACAUGGGGCACAAAAGGGCGUGCUGCGAGGAGUCUCCUCUGUCCUGCUCUCAGACGUCAUCUCUGCCUUUAUGAGCAACAGGGACACCCAGAACCUCAACUCCCCUAUCACCUUCAUCUUUUCCCACCAUUCACUGACCCCUGGGCCAACACAAAAGGUGUUCUGCGUCUUCUGGAAUCACACUCCGGAUGGAUAUGGUCAUUGGUCCACCACAGGCUGCAGGAUGGUGGCCACUGGAGACACCGGCACCACCUGCCAGUGCACCCACCUCAGCAGCUUUGCCAUCCUCAUGGCCCACUACGAUGUGCCGGUGGAGGAUCCCGUGCUGGCUGUGAUCACCUACUUGGGUCUAGGCCUCUCUCUCCUGUGCCUCCUCCUGGCAGCCCUCACCUUCCUGCUGUGCAAAGCCAUCCAGAACACCAGCACCUCGAUCCACCUGCAGCUUUCAAUCUGCCUCUUCCUGGCCCACCUGCUCUUCCUCAUGGCCAUCGACUGGACUGAGAUCAAGGUGCUGUGCACCAUCAUUGCGGGUGCCCUACACUAUCUCUACCUGGCGUCCUUCACCUGGAUGCUGCUGGAGGGUCUGAAUCUCUUCCUCACUGCACGCAACCUAACGGUGGUCAACUACUCCAGUGUGAGCAGGGUCAUGAAGAAGCUCAUGUUCCCCGUGGGCUAUGGAGUCCCGGCUAUAAUUGUGGCCAUUUCUGCUGCAUCCAGGCCUCACCUUUAUGGAACACCCACCCGCUGCUGGCUCAAUCCAGGAAAGGGAUUUAUAUGGAGCUUCCUUGGGCCAGUCUGCACCAUCUUCUCUGUCAAUUUAGCUUUUGUUCUGAUGACCCUCUGGAUUUUGAAAAGCAAACUGUCUUCCCUCAGCAGUGAUGUAUCCACCCUCCAGAACACAAGGAUGCUGACAUUUAAGGCCACAGCUCAACUCUUCAUUUUGGGCUGCACCUGGUGCCUGGGCAUCCUGCAGGUGGGUCCAGCUGCCCAUGUCAUGGCUUACCUCUUCACCAUCAUCAACAGCCUGCAGGGCUUCUUCAUCUUCUUGGUGUACUGCCUCCUCAGCCAGCAGGUCCGGGAGCAAUAUGGGAAAUGGUUCAAAGGGAUCAGGAAAACAAGAGCUGAGUCUGAGAAAUACACACUGUCCAGCAAGGCCAUGUCUGAUGCCUCCAAACCCAGCACGCAUUUCACAAACCUUGAAGCAGAGGGAUGAGGACAUACAUCUUGAGAGAGACAGGUUAAUUAAAAAAUAUCUUGAGUUAUAUCCACUUAUCCCAUGGAAAAUUGGAACGGUUAUUCUCUGAGCAAAUGAGAGGAUAAAGAAGACUGUUGUGUGUGUUUCAAGAAAUUCACCACGUCAACCAUGUGAAAGAAGUCAACUAUGUUUGACAUCAAGACCUGCAUAAUCUGGAAUUUUUCUGUGUCUUUCAGUUUGCCCAGAAAACUUUCCACAUAUAAAGGGCCCGAUGUGGCCCAAUUUCUUGGUCACUUUGGGUUACAUGCUUUUCUGAAACCUCUCCUUCCUACAAAGACUCUUCCACAUGCUGAACAUCUAUGAGUUGGAAAACCCACCUCAUCGGAUUUUAAUACCAAAAGCAUCCAUAAGAAUGGAAAAGUUCGGGGGCGCCUGGGUGGCUCAGAUGGUUAAGCGUCUGCCUUCGGCUCAGGUCAUGAUCCCAGGGUCCUGGGAUCGAGCCCCACAUUGGGCUCCUGGCUCAGUGAGAAGCCUGCUUCUCCCUCUCCCUCUGCCUCUCUCCCUGCUCAUGCUUUCUCUCUCUCUCUCUGUAUCUCUGUGUCUCAAAUGAAUAAAUAAAAUCUUAAAAAAAAAAAAGA